AUGGUUCAUACACUAGAGUGGAAAGCUCAUUUACUAUGUGAACAAGGGAAAGGGAUUCAAACUUGUACUAAAGUGAAAAUUGAUGACCUUGCUAUACUAAAAAAGCUUCAUCGUGAAUUCGAGGCUUAUAAAAAAUCUUUGUUACCAAAAGUUCCACCUUUUCCAAAUGAAUCCAUAUCUUCUCACACAUCAACUGAAGCUACAUCAAUGAGAUUAGCUAUUUCAUCUGAUAAUGUAAAGAAGAGGAAAUCAAACAAUACAAUUGCCGACACUUUUAAUAUGAAAUCUCGUGACCACUUGGAUUCUGAAAUUGCUAGGAUGUUUUACAAGGGGGGGUUGCCUUUUAAUCUUGCUAGAAACCCUUACUAUGUUAGUUCAUAUACAUAUGCUGUCAAAUCUAAUCUCUCUAGUUAUAAGCCUCCUAGAUACACCAAACUUAGAACAACUUUGCUUAACAAAGAGACAGAAAACGUGGAUAGGUUAUUACAACCUGUUAAAGCCACAUGGAAAACAAAUGGUGUUACCAUUGUUAGUGAUGGGUGGAGUGAUCCACGAAGAAGGCCUUUGAUUAACCUUAUGAUUGCUUCUGAAACGGGUCCUAUGUUUAUGAAAGCUAUUGAUUGCUCAGGUGAGAUUAAGGACAAAGAUUUCAUUGCUACCUUAUUAAGUGAGGUGAUUGAUGAAAUUGGAGAUCAAAAUGUUGUUCAAAUAAUCACAGAUAAUGCAAGUAAUUGUAAGGCUGCAGGGGAAUUGGUUGAGGGUAGGUAUCAUCAUAUAUAUUGGACACCAUGUGUUGUUCAUACAUUUAAUCUUGCAAUGAAAAGCAUUUGUGCAGCUAAGAAUGUGUUGAAUAAUGUUGAAGUAUAUGAUGAAUGUCAUUGGAUAACGGAAGUUCAUGUAGAUGCUUUGUUCAUUAAGAAUUGCAUAAUGAAUCAUUCGAUGAGGCUUUCAAUGUUCAAUAAGUUAUCUCCAUUAAAACUACUUUGCAUUGUCGAUACUUUUUUUGCUUCAAUUGUGUGCAUGCUUAAAAGGUUGAAACUCCUUAAAACAUCACUUCAAUCAAUGGUUAUUAGUGAGAAUUGGUCCUUAUAUAAGGAUGAUCGACGCGAGCAAGCCUCACUUGUAAGGGAAAAGAUUUUGGAUGAAGCAUGGUGGGAAAAAGUUGAUUACAUUCUUGAUUUCACACACCCAAUUAAUCUAUGA